UAAGUUGGGCGGAAGUGAUGUGAAGUAGGGGCGGAAGUGAGGCUCGGCGCUGCUUCCUGUUUGUUGCUGGGGUGUGGCCGGCUGGCGGCAGGCACAAUGACUACCGUAGCCCAGAAGCACUUUCUGGAAGGGCAAACAUAUUCCGUCCCCCUGAUCCAACCAGAUUUGCGCAGAGAAGAGGCUGUUCAGCAGGUGGCAGAUGCACUUCAGUACCUGCAAAAGGUGUCAGGUGAUAUUUUCAACAGGAUCUCUCAGCGGGUGGAAACCAGCCGGGCACAGCUUCAGGCAAUCAGUGAGAGAGUCACGCUCGCACAAGCAAAGAUUGAGAAGAUCAAGGGCAGCAAGAAGGCUAUUAAGGUAUUUUCCAGUGCCAAGUAUCCUGCCCCUGAACGGCUGCAGGAGUACUGUUCGAUUUUUGCUGGUGCAGAAGACCCAGCUAAACAGAAAUGGCCAAGACACAAGAUCCAGAGCAAGCACAGAAUGCUGGAUGAAAAAUCCUUGCAGGAGAAGCUCAAGUACUUCCCAGUGUGUGUGAACACCAAAAUUCACCAGGAAGAUGAUGCAGAAGAAGGUCUUGGCAGCCUCCCAAGGAACAUCAGCUCUCUCAGCUCCCUGCUGCUUUUCAACACCACGGAGAACCUAUACAAGAAGUAUGUUUUCUUGGAUCCAUUAGCUGGAGCAGUGACCAAGACCCAUGUGGCUCUGGAAACAGAGACAGAAGAGAAGCUCUUUGAUGCUCCUCUCUCCAUCACCGAAAGGGGACAGCUGGACCGGCAGGUAGCUGAAAAUUACUUCUACGUGCCAGAUCUGGGCCAGGUCCCUGAGAUUGAUGUGCCAUCCUACCUGCCAGACCUGCCUGGUAUUGCUGCAGAUCUCAUGUACAGUGCUGACCUGGGCCCUGGCAUCGCACCAUCCGCUCCAAGCAGUGCUAUUCCAGAGCUACCCACUUUCAGCACUGAGUCAGUGGAGCCUUCACAAGCAGACCUUCAGGAUCCUGGGCUCUUGCCACCUCCCCCACCACCUCCUCCCCCACCUCCUCCUGUUACACCAACUAUUGUGCCUCCCCCACCACCCCUGCCACAACCUACAGCCCCCUCUGAACCAGCCCGGACAGCAAGUGAGGACAGCAGCAAGCCUGCAGCUUCAGUCCAGGGAGCCCCAAAGGAGGUGGUGAACCCCUCAACUGGGCGUGCCAGUCUCCUGGAAUCCAUUCGCCAGGCUGGGGGCAUUGGGAAGGCCAACCUCCGCAGCGUCAAAGAGAGGAAGCUGGAGAAGAAGAAGCAAAAGGAACAAGAACAAGUGAGAGCUACAGGACAAGGUGGAGAUCUGAUGUCAGACCUCUUCAACAAGCUGGUGCUGAGGCGCAAAGGUAUUUCAGGGAAAGGGCCGGGAGCCUCAGGAAACCCCGAUGCUCCUGGCAGUCCUGCUGGUGCCUUUGCUCGUAUAUCAGACUCGAUACCACCUCUCCCACCCCCACAGCAGCCCCCGGGUGAAGAGGAUGAGGAUGACUGGGAGUCUUAGAUGGUAGCAGUUGUGCAUCAGCAUGAAUCCCAGGACUCGAACUACGCACCUUUGAGUCACCAGUCUGGAAGGAUCUACAGAAGGUGGGCUCUGGCAUGGGAGGGCACCCUGUCAUUUCUUCUGGAAGAGGAGCAGCAGGAACUAACCACAACCAAAUUGUUACCAAUGAGGGAUUUUCUUCUGCUGUCUGCUGGUCUCCACCCCAAAUACUACAAUCCAGCUCAAAUCCUGCUGCAGCUCACAAUGAAUCAAUAAAUCCUGCCUUAGCUGGAGGGCAGUAGGGCAGCUUGCACUCAGAGGUUCAGAACAAGUAUUGUUCCUGAUUUAAAGGGCCCUUGGUCUUGCCUAAUGUGACUGGUGAUGACUGCAGGAGCAUUUCUGGCAGGCAAACAGUCCUUGCCUCAUUUGUCUCUGCUGUGUGCUUGCUGAAGCUCAUGUUUGUUUAGAUGUUGCAAGUUCUGAGUCCUUGAAGAUGAGGCUGGAUAGUGGUGAGUGAAUGAAAGUGGAAGAGAGAGUCUGUCUGACCCUUCACGGAAAAGUCUAAUUACUGGUGCCUCUGUACUUGAUGGUUUCUUUCUGUCCCUGCCUUAUGGCAAUUCUUUGGCUGUUGCUUUCUGAAAAACUGCAAUAAAGCUCAAGGAAGGAGGUCCUUGUAGCCUUCACUCUGGUAAAGGAGGGAAACGUGCUCAAUAAAGGGUAGCUUAAGGGAAAAGCCCAUCUGUCUACUCUCAGCUCAGGCUGGGUCUAACCUUACACCAACAACAACAACCCCAGGGCAGGAGGGCACCAGCUGUCUACAAGGCCCCUACUCCAGCUGCUGAUUUCAGUGAGUUCCAGGCAGAGCUUAGCCAGAGUGGGAGUUCUGUGCUCACAGAAGGGGCAGGGGACUCAGAGCAGAAGUUUGUCAGAAGCAGCUGUGUUUUCCCUUUUGUUCUUUGGCCAAUUAACACAGAGGGGAGCAGGUACCAGCUCCAUGUCUAAAUUUAAAUGCUUUCUUCACCGAGAAGAGCCUUAAGAGGUAGCAUCCAGCUACCAGCUGAAACCGGCAAGGAGGCAAAACAACCUUCUUGACCAGCCUUGUUUGUGAUGACAGAAAGAGCUUAGAAUGGCUGUGGGAUUACACAGCCUUAGGAUUAUACAGCCAUUGCUGCUGUCAAUUACCCUCCAGCCCAGAACACAGGAAAGAACCUCUAGGAAACUGCACCAAAAAAGUUUGACCGUUUUCCACAGAAAGUUACUGUGAGUUCAAAAAAAGACUGUAUGCAGUUAAAAGCACAGAGUGAUCCUAUGAUUAAACAUGUUCAAAGGA